AUGGCAAUCAUACUUUCAAAAGAAUCAUCGUUGUCUUAUCAAAUAACUCUUGAAUAUCAUACGAUAUUUCAUAUUCCUGAUGAAUUAAAAAUUAAAGAACAAAAAAUAAUUGAUACCAUUAAAAAAAAUCUUUCUCGUACACGACCAGUAAUUGUUAGUACUGAUCAAUUAGAAGAUUAUAUUAAACGUAUUGAAUUUGCGAAUGAAAUUAUAUUAAGUUUAGAUUAUUUAGUUAAAAAAACAUUUGAUACAUAUAUUAGUUUUAUUAAUACAUAUUGGGAAACAAAUGAAAAAUUUGAAACAACUGAACAACUCAGAAUAUUAUCUGAAAGAUACGAUAUGUCAAUGACAGAAUGGCAAUUUUUAUUAAGUAAAAUUGAACGAUUUAAUGACUUAGUGAAAGGUUAUAUUUAA